AUGGCGUCUACCUCGUCUUCGACCUUGUCUCAGGCUCUCCUUGUUCGUGCCUCUUUGAAACAUGGCUCAACUCGGCUCACGGACCACCGCGUCUCCCUCUCCGCAUGCGAUUUCCCCUCCUUCUCCGGUCUCAGAGCCUCUACACGCGCUGUCGUACUCCGCCACGUUCCCAAGCACCGUCCGGUCAUUGCUUCCGUUCGCGCCUCAGCUGCGAAGACGGUCGAUGUGACGACCGAUGCUUCUCUGGUGGAGAAAUCGGUGAACACGAUCAGGUUUCUGGCGAUCGAUGCGGUGGAGAAGGCGAAAUCGGGUCACCCGGGUCUUCCUAUGGGUUGUGCUCCGAUGGGGCACAUCUUGUACGAUGAAGUUAUGAGGUACAACCCGAAGAAUCCGUACUGGUUCAAUCGCGAUCGCUUCGUUUUGUCCGCUGGUCAUGGUUGCAUGCUUCAGUACGCCUUGCUUCAUCUCGCUGGCUACGACAGCGUCAAGGAAGAAGAUUUGAAGAAUUUCAGGCAGUGGGGAAGUAGGACACCGGGACAUCCCGAGAAUUUUGAAACUCCGGGUGUUGAAGUCACCACUGGUCCUCUUGGGCAGGGCAUUGCAAAUGCAGUGGGUUUGGCACUUGCGGAGAAGCAUUUGGCUGCUAGAUUCAACAAGCCGGACAAUGAAAUUGUCGACCAUUACACGUACGCGAUCCUCGGAGAUGGGUGUCAAAUGGAAGGAAUUGCCAAUGAAGCUUGUUCUCUUGCCGGGCAUUGGGGACUGGGGAAGCUCAUAGCUUUGUAUGAUGACAACCACAUUUCGAUUGAUGGUGACACGGAGAUUGCCUUUACCGAGAGUGUGGAGAGGCGUUUCGAGGGUCUUGGCUGGCAUGUCAUUUGGGUUAAGAAUGGAAACACGGGUUAUGAUGAAAUCCGUGCUGCCAUUAAGGAAGCCAAGGCUGUUAAAGACAAACCCACUUUGAUCAAGAUAACAACAACCAUUGGUUUUGGGUCACCGAACAAAGCAAACUCUUACAGUGUACAUGGAAGCGCAUUAGGUGAAAAGGAAGUUGAUGCUACUCGAAAGAAUCUCGGAUGGCCAUAUGAGCCUUUCCAUGUACCCGAGGAUGUCAAAAGCCAUUGGAGUCGUCAUAUCUCUGAAGGAUCUAAUCUAGAAGCCGAAUGGAAUUCCAAGUUUGCUGAGUAUGAGAGGGAAUACCCACAAGAAGCUGCAGAACUGAAAUCCAUCAUCACUGGUCAGUUUCCUGCUGGAUGGGAAAAGGCAUUACCGACUUUCACGCCUGAGAACCCCGGAGACGCAACUAGAAACCUUUCCCAGCAGUGUCUCAAUGCCCUUGCAAAGGUUCUCCCUGGGUUCCUCGGUGGCAGCGCUGACCUUGCUUCAUCCAACAUGACAUUGCUCAAGAUGUUCGGUAACUUUCAAAAGGACACACCCGAAGAGAGGAACCUUAGAUUUGGUGUCAGAGAACACGGCAUGGGAGCCAUCUGCAAUGGCAUUACCUGUCACAGCCCCGGGAUCAUUCCUUACUGUGCUACUUUCUUUGUCUUCACAGACUACAUGAGAGCAGCCAUCAGGCUAUCUGCCUUGUCUCAGACCGGAGUUAUAUACGUUAUGACCCAUGAUUCAAUCGGUCUUGGCGAAGAUGGACCGACCCACCAGCCUAUCGAACACUUGGCUAGCUUCCGUGCCAUGCCCAACAUCCUGAUGCUCAGACCAGCUGACGGGAAUGAAACCUCUGGCGCUUACAGAGUCGCCAUACUAAACAGAAAGCGACCUUCUAUCCUGGCUCUAUCCAGACAAAAGCUGCCUCAACUGCCCGGAACAUCCAUUGAGGCUGUCCAAAAGGGCGGGUAUGUUGUUUCAGACAAUUCCACUGGGAAAUACCCCGAUGUUAUCCUCAUUGGAACAGGGUCAGAGCUGGAAAUCGCUGCUAAAGCUGCAGAGCAACUCAGGAAAGAAGGAAAGGCGGUAAGAGUUGUGUCUCUGGUGAGUUGGGAACUAUUCGAUGAGCAGUCGGAAGAGUACAAGGAAAGCAUUCUGCCUCGUGCCGUCUCAGCGAGGGUAAGCAUAGAAGCUGGUUCGACCUUUGGGUGGGAAAAGAUCGUCGGUUCGAAAGGGAAAUCCAUAGGAAUUGACAGGUUCGGGGCCAGUGCGCCAGCGAAUGUGCUGUACAAGGAGUUUGGACUGACUGUUGAUGGAGUCAUUGCGGCCGCUAAGGAGGUUUGCUAAGUUUUUUCACUCCUUUGAAACAGAAAUAUAUGUUUUGAAGGAUGUAAUAAUUUUCUAUGUUCUCAGUUGAAAUGAUACCAAAUGAGUUUCACAAUAAGUAAGAAUAUAUUUUCAUUCA